AUGAAGUUCACUCUCUUCGCUCCUAUUGCUAUGCUCGCUGCCAGCGUUGCUGCUAUCCCAAUGAGCUCUUCGGGCUCCUCCCUCGCCGCUUCUGGCCAAGAAGCUGUUCCUCAAAACUUCUAUGAGCAGUUUACCAAGCGUCAGGCUAAGAUGUCUCCUAAGGACUUCGCCAUCCGCCGUGCCGAGCGCUUCAAUGCCACCACCGAGCGUAUCGACUUCCUCAAGUCCAUCCCAGAUGAUACCUUCCAGAAGAUGGCAGACAACGACAGGAAGCUUCACCAGGCUACCCGCGCCCUCUGGAACGGAACUAUUCCAGAUAUGGCCGCCCUCCCCACAGCAUUCACUCCACCACCCGGUGGCUUCCCCAGGGGCAAUGGUACUAGACGCGGUGGCCCACGUGGUAGAUUCGGACGCUUCGGACCUGGUGGUCCGGGAGGUCCAGGAGGUCCAGGAGGUCCAGAUGGCCCAGCUCGAACCGGCGAGCGCCCAUCCAUGCGCGACUUCUUCGUUCGCAUGGCUGAAUUCCGUGGUGCCUCUGCCGAAACCAUCGAAAAGCUCAAGACCACCGACGAGUCUGAAUUCACUGGCUUGAGGGAUUUGAACACUAAGGACAAGUUCGUUAAGGAAGCUACUCUUAUGGGACUCGAUGACAAGGUUACCUUCUUCGGUACUGUUCCCCAGGCUAUCUACGAUGAACUUGAUACCCUCAAGACCAAGACCCGCGCUGCUCACGAGGACCUCCGCAAUGGCAAGGUCCCGACUUUGUAA